AUGAGGGGCCGCGAGCGGCUAGAAAUACCGGAUCUGGACCCCGCAGGGCUGAGGCCCGGAGAGCGCCGAUUCGUGGUCAAGGAGGCCGUCGGUGUGCCCCAGCAGAAGCCCAGGAUCCAGCACGUCGCGAACAGCGAGCUCCUUGCCAAGCUCCGCGGGUUCCUGCCGGAAAUGGAGCGGUCGAACAAGGAGCUGGAGAGCGCCAUGAAAGGCCGCCCGCGCGAGGAGUUCGACAUCGAAGCCGUCGACCCGCAGGGCGCAGAGCAGCAUAUUGAGAUGGAUCUCGGCGUAGGCGUGCUGGAGCUGCGGGACCAGGCUGCGGUGCGCGCCGCGGAGAGGGACCUGGCGCAGAGAGUGGUGUCCGUAGGGGGCGAGGAGCUCUCCGGGUGGGACUUGGAUUCGGAAUCCGAGAACUCCGACCUCGGACAGAGAGACCCCGGCGCGUCGCCGGCCAGUCAGAACGACGACGGCACCGCCUCGGGCCCCAGCGCCUCCACAGCUCCGCCCUCCAGCCCCGGUGCGGGCCGCGGUGCGCGGCCGAGGAGUGAGGGCAAGCCGGGCGAGCGUGAGCGCUCUGCGGGCGCGAGGCGGCCGGCAGGGCGGCAGCGGAGCACGGGGCAUGAGAGCCGCGAUGGCAGACGCCGCCAGUCGUCGCAGGGCAGCGGGCGGCGCCGCCACCCGGGGAUCGUGGAGCUCGACUGA